UUUUUUUUUAUCAAACUUUGCCAGUUUAGUUCACCACUGCCCCCACAAACUCCCUUUUUUUUCUCUAGCUCAGCACACAGAAACAGGAGACAAAAUUGUAGACUUCUUUCAUUUCUUUCUCUUCUUCAUCUGCAAUAGGAAAUAUGGCAGCCACUAAUCCCAAGAAACAGCUCAAACACUUCAUUACAUCGCUGCAGGACCAGGGCAUACUGGACGUGUUCUUCAAUCAAUUGCAACAAUUAAAUAGCAAACAAAAUCCUCCACUUCUCCUUGAGCUGAUCUCCAUCUUCUGCCAGGAUGCUGAAAUUAGUAUUGCAGAAAUGACCCAUCACCUGAAUUCAGCUGUUGUGGACUAUAGCAAGGUGAUAGCUUGGGUACACAAGCUCAAGGGAGGUAGUGCAAGUAUUGGUGGUAAACAAGUAGCAGCUGCUUGCCGUGAGCUCCGGCUGGCCUGUGAUGACAAGCAUCAGGAGAGGUAGGGGAAAGGAUUAAUUCAUUUUCUUUUUCAACUAGUUCUUAAU